AUGGGUGGAGCAACGAGCUGCCCUGCAAAAGCAAGGGCGCUUCCUUCCUUGUUUGGUUAUGUUACUUUCCAAGGCUCUUCUCCUACCAUGUUCGAACCAAUUCGAGGCGGCACUCGCGGUGGACAGGCUGAAUUCAAAUGGUCGGAUGUCUCUGCGGACAAGGACAGAGAGAACUAUCUAGGUCACAGUAUCAAUGCCCCAACAGGACGUUGGCAGAAAAACAAGGAUGUCCACUGGUACAACAGAGACAUUGUAGACUCAGAGACAGAGAGACUAGAAGAAAUCAGAAAGAUAAAGGAGGCUGAGGCUGAGGCGCUCUCUGUCGCACUUGGAUUUGCUCCAAACGCCAAAGGUGCCGUCGCGAAGGAGGAAACUACUUCUACUUUAAAGUCCAUCGAGGAUGCAACUUCUCCCGAUCAACACGCGUUGGAAAAGGAAGAAAGACGGCGCAGAAAGGCUGAACGGAAGGAAGAAAAGAGAGCAAAGAAGGAACAGCGUCGUCUAGAGCGACGGGAGAGACAUGUCAGCAUCGAAACCCGAAGACGAAGGGAAUACUCCAGCUCUCGCUCAAGAUCGCCUCGUCCCCGUUCUCGGGAACGAAGAGAUUAUGAUGAUGAUCACCCUCGACGUCGAAGCAGAUCACCUGCAACACCACCUUAUCGUGAUCAGCACAGGAUACUUCCGGGGAACUAUGAUGACACAUUCCGGGAGAAGGAAAGGGAGCGGGACCGUCAACGAUGGGAUGCCAACUCGAGACAAUACGAACCGGGUGUUAGAUGGGGACGAGAGUAA